AUGGGGCAGCUAGAAUCUUUAAGGGAACUUCUUUUGGACUCUACAUCUAUAGAAGAGAUCCCUGAAUGGAGAAAGAUGGAGAAACUGGAAAUUCUCAGCUUGGUUGAAUGUAAUGCACUGAAAAAAUUUGAUUUUCUCGGUACCGCAGGAGAGCUUUCACUAGUGGGAAACCAUUUGAUUCAACUGCCUAAGUCGAUCGAAAAUUUCAACUCAUUGAUUGAGUUAGAUAUAUCGGGUUCCGGUAUUAGGGAGUUACCAGAUUCAAUUAGGUACAUGAAGAAUUUGAAAGUGCUAAAGAUGCGCCAAAGCUUCCUAAGAAAGCUACCUAUCGCCAUUGUAAUGUUGGAGAAGCUCGAACAGCUAGAGGCAGGGGUUUUUCCAAGAGGAGAAGUUCCCGUUAAUAUUGGGAAGCUACCAUUUUUAAGUAAAUUGGUGUUAGCGUACACAGAAAUUUCAGCCUUGCCUCAGCUUCCAGAAAGUCCAAUCACUCUAGACUUUCAUACACCUUCAAUGGAGACAAUGUCGGACCUCUCGAACCUAUUGAAUUUGAGAGUUUUGAAGUGGCAUGUAAGAUUCAAGAAUCCUUUACAACUUGAAUCAGCUCCAAGUUCUUGGGGGAUUGGAAGAUUACGCAUGCUUGAGACCUUGGACUUGUAUUGCCCUGACAUCGACUCCUUACCUUCCGAUCUUGUUCUCCUUUCUCAGCUGAAGGAACUCAAUCUCUGGUGCUCUAAUUUGCAAUGCCUACCAAGGCUUCCGACAAAUUUGUCAUGCUUACGUCUCAAAUUUUGCAAAAGCAUGAAAACAACGAAUGACAUGUCCAACUUGAAAGCAUUAUCACACCUGUACAUAGGUUUAUGUGACAAGCUAACAGAGAUUGAAGGCCUUGAAGGUUUGGAGAACCUGAGAACACUAAUGCUCGUCAGACUUCCAUCAUUGGCAAAGUUGCCUGAUCUGACUAACUUGAAGAAGCUUAAGAAGAUUUUUCUAAGCUUUUGUACUGAGCUGUUUGAGAUUCCAGAUUGUCCGGAUUCGUUGGAGAUACUUGAGAUUCACAACUGUUUUAAAUUACAAAAGCUGCCCGAUCCAUCAAGCUCCAAGAAUCUGAAAGUUUCGGUUCGACAGGAAUGGGAAUGGGCUUGA